GCAAGGCCGCAGUAUUGUUGGGUUGAGUAAACAGCAGCAGCAUGGGCUCCCAUCAAUCGCGCAUCACGGAGGACGACCAGACGAAGCUCAUGAAGGAGCGCGAGGCCGGCCAGCAGCAGCCGACGGCGCAGGUCCGCGUCUCGGCCGACCUCGUCAAGAGCCUCCACGAGCCCGCGGCGCCGGCGCAGGCCAAGGUCGCCCCGGCGGGCGUGUCGAAGGAAGAGAUUGAGAAGCUCAAGAAGGAGGCAUACGCCAAGGGCGCGGAGGAUGCCAAGAAGCGCAUCGAAGCCGAAGCUGCCAAGAAGAACGUCCGUGUCAUCGACGCCCACCAGGCCGAGAUCGAAGAGAAGGAGCGUGUCCAGGCGCUCGUUGAGGAGCUCAACAAGAAGCAAUACCGCGCGCCCGUCAACGACGUGCAGUGCUCGUCGGAGCGCGACGCGUGUUUGAAGUGCUACCACGACAACACGAAGAACGUCUUGGUCUGCAAGGAGAUCGCCGACGCGUUCUUCCGCUGUGCAGAGAGCGCGACGACCGAGUUCGUCAAGAAGUAAGCCGUAGAAGCUCGAUAGGCUCUUCGUCGCCAAGACCCUUCUCGUGUCUUUUGAAAUAUAAGCCAUUUACGUCCAACGCUUCCUUUGGACAGCUCGUCGCAUGCUG